GACGUUCGCCACCCCUGUACUGCGGUGUAGUGGAACCAAACGACCUCAGCUGCCACAUUUGUUUCUGCGCACUGUCGAGCGAGUUGUCAUCAGUCAUGGAGAGUCUCUCUCGUGCUAACAGUCUCUUCGCUCUGGAUCUCUAUCGGACUCUGAGCGAGAGCAACGCUGAGGGAAACAUGUUCUUUUCCCCACUGAGCAUCAGCGCAGCGCUCAGCAUGGUCUACUUGGGAGCUCGAGGAGACACUGCCAAAGAAAUGGAAAAGGUUUUGUCCUUCAGUUCUGUGUCUGAUGUUCACUCUCAUUUUGAGACCCUCACCUCGACUAUCAACAGUCCAUCAGCCUCCUACAUCCUCAAACUGGCCAACCGCCUCUAUGGAGAGAAAACCUUCAGCUUCUUACCUGAGUAUUUGAACUCCACUCUGAAGCUGUAUCACGCUGAACUUCAGGCUGUGGACUUCAUUGGAGCAUCUGACGAGUCACGACAGCUCAUUAACAAAUGGGUGGAAGAGCAGACAGAGAAUAAAAUUAAAGAUCUUCUUCAGCCAGGUGUGGUAAAUGGGCUGACCCGACUAGUUCUGGUUAAUGCCAUCUACUUCAAAGGAAACUGGAUGCACGUAUUUGAAGCAAGAAACACUAAAGAGAUGCCAUUUAAAAUAAACCAGAAUGAGAGCCGGCCUGUGGAAAUGAUGUACCGGGAAGAGACAUUCCCUUUCAGAUACAUCCCAGAGUAUAAACUGCAAGUGCUGGAGUUACCAUAUGAACAGGAGGAGCUCAGCAUGUUGAUCCUUCUUCCAAACGAAACUCAGGAUGGCUCUGACCCUCUUCUGAAGCUGGAGAGCGAGUUGACCCUUGACAGGCUGCUUGACUGGACCAGAAAAGACAAAAUGGCCACAUGGAUGGAUAUCAGAGUCCAUUUGCCAAAGUUCAAGCUGGAGGUUGAGAGCUCCCUAUCAGAAGUAUUGCAAAAGAUGGGUAUGAGCUCUGUGUUCCAGGAAACAAAGGCUGAUCUGACAGGCAUGAGCAGUCAGGAUGGUCUCUCCAUUUCAGCAGUGAUCCACAAAGCAUUUGUUGAGGUGAAUGAGGAAGGCACAGAGGCAGCAGCAGCCACUGCAGGCUUUAUAUUUCUAUGUGCCCGCAGUUCAGAAAGCUUCACAGCAGAUCACCCCUUCUUGUUCUUCAUCAGGCACAACCCCACUAACAGCAUCAUCUUCCUUGGCCGAUUCAGAGGCCCAUCCUAAAAUGUGGGUUUUUCCUGUUUUUAAUGAAGAGGAAAUUAUGUUUUUGUUUUAAUAUUUUAGCAGACAAAAUUAUUCACACCAUUUGUAUUUGUUUUUGUGUUCACAAAUGGCAUUAUUCCAGAUCAUUUAUUGUAAUGUCAUUUUAGAGUCAUACAUUUUGGUUUUGAGCAUGACCCUUUCAGUUGUAUAUUUGUCUCAAAUCGUUUUAGGGAAAACUGGCAAAAUAAAGACUGGGUAUUGUCUUUUACAAUGAGUCAUAUUCUCUUUUAUUCACUUUGUGCAGCUGAAUCUGUGUAGAGCUGACAGACUCA